AUGGCUGACUUUAACGUGACAAAACCGAUAGACACUAGAACCAAUACGGAGCUAGUUAAUGCCACCAAGAGCAGAGCAAUUGUGUCCAAUGAAGUGCUGUACUAUUUUCUCCUGUUCAACUUGUGGGGCGUGGGCCAGGGAGUUUGCCUUUUUGGAAUUAUGACAAAUAUUCUAAACAUCAUCGUCUUCGUUAAACAAGGUGUCAAGGAUACUGUCAACAUAAGUCUGUUAGGUCUGGCUACGUCAGAUCUGGGUUCUCAGAUUACACUUUGUUAUGCCAACAUCAGCUUCUGUCCCCCUUUCAUGGCGCUGGAUCUACCCUUCGUACCUAAUGAUCUCAUGUACAUUAUAUCCUGGUGCCACAUAAUGUUCACUAGAAUCAGCACUUGGAUAACCGCAUACAUCACUCUAGAGCGGUGUCUUUGUGUUACUGCGCCCCUGCGGGUCAAAAAUGUAUUCACACCUAAAAGGACAGUUUUUUAUCUUCAGUUCGUGUACAUAAUCAUGCUAGCAAGCGUUCUACCUUGUUUCUAUACCACACGACCCGCAAUUGUCUUUGAUCCUGUCAGAAAUAUAACAUUGCUUGGAAUAACCUUUUUAGAGAAUAGAGAAACAAUAGAAAGCAUUACAUUUACCACAAACAAUGCUAUACCAACAAUAGCAUUAUGUCUAGUUGUUAUUUGCACAAUAAUUCUGGUCUCAACUUUGCGUCAGAAAUCAAAAUGGCGACGACAAGCAACUACGUCUAAUGUUGUAAAAAUGGUGGUACUAAUAUCUGCUAUAUUCAUUAUAUGCUACUUUCCUGGGACAGUGGUUUUCAUAUAUAUGUUGACCGAUCAAGAUAUGAGAAUUGAUGGCGUUCGUAGAAAUCCUGAAAUCUGUUACUUGCU